AUGCUGGGCCAGAGCAUCAAGAGAUUCACCACCUCCAGGGUCCACCACAGCUAUUGUGAGGAGGGCCCAGGAAAAAAUUUGCCAUUUUCAGUGGGAAAUAAGAGGCAGUUAUUGGCCAUGAGGACCACCCAUUUUGGAUCUGGAUUUGUUGCACUUUUCUUUGUAAUAAGGCACCAGCUAAGAACUAAAACUGUUUAG